UUUAUUAUUUUGUUUCUUUGCUAUAAAUGUUUAACAUGAAAAUUGAAAAUUGUCAAGAAAUUAAUAUGGUUGACAUUCAAUUUUUUUUCAAUUUGUAAUUUUAAAAAUUCUAAUUUUUAGUUUGUUUGAAAAAUGGAAUAUAUGUGUGAAGAAACUAUAUGCACUCUUUGCGACAAACUACUACAAAAUGAUACAGAUGAUAUCGUUCAAGUUCGUAGUAAAGGUCUAGAAACUUUUAUAAAUAAAAGUAAAAGCAGAGAGGAUGAAAAGUUCAAACAAUGGAUAGGAAAACAGAGUGUAAGCUUUCAUGAAAUUUGUAGAAAGCGCUAUUCGGCAAUACCGCAGAAGACAAGUAAAAGAAAAAGGGAUUCCUCAUUACCAUCUCCGCCAGCACAAAAUUUCUCAUUUUCAUUGCCGUCAUCGUCAACAGCAAGUGUUUCAGAUGACUAUAAGUUUGACCAAUAUUGCUUUAUUUGCAAUGAAGUAUUAGAUCCUUCUCAUAAAAAAGUUAGCUACUUAAAACGCCCGUAUACCUAUCAGAAUCUUUUGAAUGUUGCUUCUGAAAGAAAUGACGAUCUCGGUAUGUCGGUACUGAAUCGAUUGGGGGAUAUAUCACUUGAAGAAACAAAACCUAGGUACCAUUAUUAUUGCUAUAAAUCCUUUUUACAUAAAUCUUUAAUGCCAUCAGAAGAAGAAACUGAACCAUAUAACAUGGACAAUGAACCAUGUAAUUUUAAUGAUGAAACGGAUGAUUUAAUUGAAAAUAUAUACAAUUACAUCGAAGAAAGUGGAAAGUUUCAAUUCUUUUUAUCGGAAUUACAGAAUCCGUUAAAAAAAUGCUUGCGGGUCAUGCAUUCUCAAGAGCAGUACGAGCUCACAUUUUAAGCUUCACGGCUAUAGCUAUCAUUAUCUGCAAAUCAAUGAGUAACGUAGCUGGAGUAGAAGAAUUUAUUAAUGAAUUUUUUAGUAAUUGGAUGAAAAACCCUCCUUUGAUAAAAGACUGUAAAAGUAAUAAUUUUAUGAAACACUUAUCAGAAGAAUUCAUACAAAAAUUAAAUAACAUUGAAAGCAAGGGUCCAACGCCAAAAUUGUGGAUACAAUAUUUCAAAUGUGUCACCAUAGCCUUACAGUUUAUAGAAGCAGAACGCUUAGGCGAUUGGAAUCUACAUUUACAAAGCAUUAAAGAUAUGUUACCAUUAUUUUACUCAAGUGGUCAUUUUGCUUAUGCAAAAAGUGCUCAAAUUUAUCUUCAAGAUAUGGCAAAUUUGGAUGUAAUAAUGGAUCCUUUAGAAUUUGAACGUUAUACGAAAGAUGGCUAUUUCACUAUACGUAGAUCAGAUAAAGCGUGGUCUGGUGUAUGGAGUGACAUGAUAAUUGAGCAGACAUUAAAUAGGUUUUUCGGUACAGAUUUAAAGCAUGGUCGAGGUGUCACUCCUAGCGUUGUUGCGCGUUAUUUAUUUGCCAUGCCGUCAGCGUUUAAUGUAAUGGAGUGUUUGGAAAAUUACUGUGCAAUGAAAUCGAAUAAUAGUGAACAGCAUGUUGAUCUUUCUAAGAGUCGAAUGAAGAGAGAUAACAAUGACAUAUACGAAUUUGUAACCUGGCUGCAAAAUCAUAAUCCUUUCAAUCAUCUACAUGUUUUGGUAUCGCUUUCUACAGGAAUAAUUGGUGGACCAAAUAUAGAUUGUCAUAAGGCUAUUGAAAAAGGACUGCAAGGAAUGGAAGAUAUGGUUGGGAAAAAUGCUGACAAUAUUUCAAUGUCAAAAAUAUAUAAAGUUAACAAUUUAGCAAGUGCCGCAACUGGAAUACAUCUGGAUUACAACCAUGAAGUAUCUACUAUUGAUAUUUACUUAUUAUUUCAAAGAAUUUGUGUAAUUUUCAAUGGAGACGCUGAAAAAACACGCGAAGCUUUUUAUUAUGAGCUUACGCCAUAUCCGCUAAGCUUAUUCAACGAAAAGGGACAAAUGAGAAAAACGCAGAAAUCAAAACUUUAUCCGUUAUUUAAAACUUCGAAUAGGUUGCUAGCGCUGCAAACAUCAGAUAUAUAUGUCAUAGACGGAGGCUGGUUAUUGCAUGCUGUAGUUUGGCCCCACAGCCAGAAAUUCAAAGAAGUUUUUAAAUUAUAUUUAUCAUAUAUCAUUAAACAUUUUGGUAGACGUGUUACUGUUGUUUUUGAUGGAUAUAACAACGAAUAUAUCGGAGUAAAAUCAUAUGAAAGAUAUUGUCGGAGAGAGAAAAACGUCGGAGCCGAUAUCGAUAUCUCUGAAGAUAAAAUGGUAACAAUGAAUCAGACAAAAUUUCUUUCAAACAUUAGUAAUAAACUAAAUUUUGUGGAUUUACUAUCAAAAUAUUUAGAGGAAAAUAACAUUCAUACAAAAAUUUCAGAAGAAGAUGCAGACACUGUAAUUAUUCGUACGGCCAUAGAAUUAAAAGAUAGUAAUGAAAGUUUCGUUUCAGUGGUCGGCAAUGAUAUAGAUUUGUUAAUUUUACUAAUUACACACUGCAUCGGUGGAAAUAAAAUAUAUUUUUAUAAAAUGUCACCGAACAAGAAAAAUGAAUUAUAUUCAAGCAGAGAUCAUAAACAUUUAGAAAAAUACAUUUUAUUUGCUCAUGCGUUUGCUGGAUGUGAUUCAACAAGUGCUAUAUAUAAUAAAGGUAAAAAAAGUAUUAUAACAUUAUUAGAAAAAAAUGAAGACUUGCAACAAUUAAUAUUCAUAUUUUAUAAGCCAUUCCAAAAUGUCGACGAUAUAUAUAGAGUUGCUGAAAAACUUAUGAUAAUAAUGUAUGGUGCAGAUGACCAAAAACUGACUCUACAUGAAUUAAGAUAUAAAAUAUUUUGCACAUCUACAGCAAUUGCAAAAAAAGAAUUAUCUUUAUCGUCUUUACCGCCUACCGAUUCGGUAUUAAGAGAGCAUGCUAAAAGAGUAUAUUACCAAAUGCAGAUUUGGCUUGGAUUCGAUUUAGAUCCAGUAUUAUGGGGAUGGAAGAGAACGAGUAAUAUGCUACUACCUAUUAUGAAUCCUAAACCAGUUGCACCAGUCGAAUUACUGGAGAUGAUAUUUUGUGGAUGUAAAACAAAUUGUAACACAUCCCGAUGUUCGUGCAAAAAGGCUGGCAUAAAAUGUAGUUACAGUUGUAAAAAAUGCAAUGGCCAAAGCUGUGAAAAUGCUUCAAAUUCGCAUAAGGUCAUACUUGAGAGUGAUACAGAAGAGCGACAAGAUGAUAUAGAUGAUAUAGAAGAUAAUGAAAAUAUGUGGAAUGAUGAAAUAAAUGAUUUACAAGAAGAAGAUGUUGAUGAAUCACAAACUGAAAAUUAAAAAAUUUUGCUGAAAAAUUCUGUCAAUUCUAUUUACUAGAAUAAUAUAACCAUUUUAUUAUAUAUUAAAUUUUUACAAUAAUCAUAUUUAUUUA